AAUCAGAUAGCAGCCAGGCAUACUGGAAGAGUUCAUUUACAUGACAGAGAACGCUAGUGUACGCCCAUCUUUGCGAUGUCCAAUGAAAAAUGGCAGCUACGGGAAGUAGCCAAUGAAAAAAUAGCAUUUCUGAGGUUUUCCGCUUUCCCUGAACUUCUUGACAGAUUCGACUUUAGAUUGAGAGAGUUCAAGAUGGCUGCCACAGGUUGUAAAUAAACCAUUAAAGCUUUUGGAUCCAACAGCCAAUGAAUCUCCUGAGGCUUUGGUGUCAAAUAUAGCGUCCCCCUCCUGCUUCCUCUCAUCAUGUCCUCCACCUCCUCCUACUCCUCCUCAGGAGAAACUAGCCCAGAGGAUGUACCCCGAGGUGGGGGCACCAUCCGUGUCUACCUCCCCAACAAGCAAAGGACUGUGGUGAAUGUUCGCCAAGGACAGACAGUCUAUGAAAGUCUAGAUAAAGCACUAAAAGUGAGAGGCUUAAGCCAAGACUGCUGUGCUGUAUUCCGCCUUUUAGAAGGUCGUAAGAGAUUGACAGACUGGGACACAGACAUCACCCCUUUGGUCGGAGAGGAGCUAUUAGUCGAGGUCUUGGAUGAUAUUCCCCUAACCAUGCACAACUUUGUACGGAAAACCUUUUUCAAGCUCGCCUACUGUGAUUUUUGCCACAAGUUUUUAUUUAAUGGCUUCAGGUGUCAGACAUGUGGCUACAAAUUUCACCAGCACUGCAGUAGCAAGGUACCUACUGUUUGCGUUGACAUGGACACAGUAAGCAAACAGCGUCCCUGCACAGAUGAGUAUCCUCAGAUACUAAUACCAGAAAAUUCACCCUCGCAGAGUAACAUAGCCUUAACCCCAGAGCCUGCUAGGAUGGACCUCCUGUCCCCAACAUCAGCCUUUCGCUUUCCCAUCCCAAGUGGAGAUGGGCAAUCUCUCCAAAGGCAUCGUUCCACCUCGACACCCAAUGUUCAUAUGGUCAGCACGGUGAAUCCCGCGGUUGCCAGCAUUAUAGAGGCAUCAGUGAAAUUCAUCAACACAAUAGGUCCUGAACCAUCGCCCAAGCCAUCUACCAGCCCACCUUCUUCUUUAGGUUCCCCUGGAAGAAGACCGCCGAAGUCCCCCUCAGAGCACAAAGAACGAAAGCCUUCCUCUUCUGAUGAUAAAAAGAAAGUACACCGAGGAGGCUACAGGGACUCGAGUUACUACUGGGAGGUCCACUCCCGAGAAGUCACAAUCCAGAAGAGAAUAGGAGCUGGCUCCUUUGGAACUGUAUUCAAGGGCAAGUGGCAUGGGGAUGUAGCGAUCAAAAUCCUGAAAGUCACAGAGCCAACACCUGAGCAAUUACAAGCCUUUAAAAAUGAAAUGCAGGUCUUACGGAAAACCCGCCAUGUCAACAUCUUGUUGUUCAUGGGCUAUAUGACUAAGCCCAAUUUUGCAAUCAUCACGCAGUGGUGUGAAGGCAGUAGCCUGUAUCGCCAUCUGCAUGUCUCUGAAACCAAAUUUGACACUAUGAGGCGGAUUGACGUGGCCAGACAGACGGCACAGGGCAUGGAUUACCUUCAUGCCAAGAACAUUAUUCAUCGUGACCUGAAAUCAAACAAUAUUUUCCUCCAUGAAGGUUGGACUGUUAAGAUAGGGGACUUUGGCCUUGCGACAGUGAAGUCACGGUGGAGCGGCUCUCAACAAGUUGAGCAGCCAAGUGGAUCGAUCCUUUGGAUGGCCCCAGAGGUGAUCAGAAUGCAAGACAGCAACCCAUAUACAUUCCAGUCUGAUGUAUAUGGCUAUGGAGUAGUGCUGUUUGAGCUGAUGUCAGGGACUCUGCCAUACUCCAACAUUAACAACAGAGAUCAGAUAAUCUUCAUGGUGGGACGUGGUUACUUGUCCCCAGACCUCAGUAAGCUCUACAGUACCUCACCCAAGUCUAUGAAAAGGCUGAUCAUCGACUGCCUAAAGUUCAAACGUGAUGAGAGGCUUUUGUUCCCGCAGAUCCUAGUAGCCAUUGAGCAGGUACAGGAUCUGCUGCCCAAAAUUGAGCGGAGUCGUUCUGAGCCCUCUCUCCAUCGGGCCGUCCAUGCUGAAGACCUGAACCCUCUUUUGUUCCACACCACGAGGCUGGUGCCUCUCUAAGAUUCCAACUGCACUAGGUGUAAUAGAUGUAUCCCUUUUUAAAAAAAAACACAGCAUUCCUGUGCCUCUGAAAGGCUUCAGCUGCUUCUGUUGUAGAACUUCAACGCCAACUUUUCAGAGCCUUUGAGCUUCAGUGCUCAGUAACUCACUGCAGGAAUAAUUUUUAGCUGUUUAGUUCCAUUUUUCGUUCUUAAAAUGUCAAAGGCCUGCUCGUUCAGGGAGAGGAUUUACCAACUUUUAUUGUCAGUCGUUUUCAUGUUUGUUUGAGAGUAUCUUUCAAAUGGGCAUUAGAUACUUAUUGAGUGUCCAUUAUUUUAUGAAAAACAAACACUGCAGCAUUGUCUUAGAAAUACUUAGAUUUUAAAAGAAUCACUGUGAUUAAUUCAUAUCACAAUGGUCAUUCUCAUGAUGUAGCCCUUCUGACAACUGUAUAUUUUUUCUCUACACUAAACCUACUUAAGUUUCUCCAAUUACUGUACAGACAAAACAUUCAUAUAGCACAGUCCAUGCAGUUUACCGAUUUGAACCAACUUCAAACCAACAUGUAUGCACAAAUGAAGACAAACCGUAAACUCGAAGCCUACAGUAAUUGAAUAUGUGAGCACUAUGCACACUUAAUUCUGCCACACAGAAACUGAUUAGAACUUUGAAAGACAAGGGUGAGAAAUGUUGCUGGUUUUAUCCUUUUAAAGGUAAAAUCACCCGUUACUUAAAUUGGGACUGGUUAUGCUAUAUAUAUAAAUGAACAUAAUUUCCAAUAUAUUUUUUUCAUGCAGACUUUACUGCAGCCCCCAACAAACCCAUGAAAAUACUGUUUUUUUUUUUUGUUUUUUUUCCCUCAUGUAUUACAAUUUGCUGCUAUUGUGCUUAAAAAAAAUCUUAAAGUAUGUAACAUCUGCAUAGUAAUUUGUAUUUUUUUUUCUUCAAAGAAUUUUUUUUUUCUUGUUUUUUUUUUUUUU